CAGAAAUAAUAAAUUAAUAUUAUUUUAAGUAUGAAUGAAGACAUCUGUUUAUUAUGUUUUGCUGAUAAUGCCAGAGUAGUUUAUGUAAAAAAUCUACGUUUACAAAAUGUAUACGAAGGUCUAUCAAAUGUGAUGACACAAUCUGGCUCCCAGCCGCUGUGCUUCAUUUGUUAUAAGCGGUUGCUUCUAUGUGAGCAGGUGGUCAAACAAAUUCAUGAACUAAGUACUGAACAACAUCAGAGUCAAGAAAUACCACUAGUGCGUCUGUCAGCUAAAAAGGACUAUACUGAAAUACCACCAGAGGACUGUCCCAAGUUUUUUGGGUCUGCCGACGAAACUAAAGAUUAUAUUAGAGCAGAAGAUGUGGAGAUUGUAUUAGAACAUAUUGCUGAGGAGCAGGCAGCGAAUGCGGCAGGCGCUCAAGAUACCAGAAAACGCCAAAUUACAAAUGAUGAGGACAAACCAUACAGCUGCGAAGUCUGUAGCAAAAAAUUUAUAACAAAUGGUAAUUUGAACAGGCACAGAAAGACACAUAUGACUGUCAAACCGUUUAGCUGUGAUAUAUGCAAUAAACAAUUCAACGCAAAUUGUAAUCUAAAAAGACAUAGACGGACACACUUCGAUGAUAAACCAUACGGUUGUAAUAUGUGCAGUAAGAGCUUUUUCGAAAAAGGCGAUUUGGAGAGGCAUAUCAAGUUUCACACGGGUGAGAAACCGUACGCAUGCGAUAUGUGCAGUAAAAAGUUUAUUCGGAAAGGUUUGUUGGACGAACACAAGCAAGUGCACAGUGGUGUAAAAUCCUAUGCCUGUGAUCUAUGUGAUACAAAACUGAGUACAAUAAGUACUUUAAAAGCGCACAAAAGACAACACGCUGCGGUAAAACCAAUGCCUUGUGAUGUAUGCAACAAAAUAUUCUUUACAAAAGCCAAUUUGGAAGGACAUAAGAAAAUUCACACUGAUAACAGAUGCUUCAGUUGUGAUGUUUGUAACAAAAAAGUGACUAGCAAAAGAAAUUUGAGGCGACAUAAAUUGACACAUAUCGGUGUUAAACCUUAUAGUUGUGAUCUUUGUGGUGGGAGGUUCAGUGAUUCGAGUUGUUUAGUAAGACAUACAAAAAAAAUACAUACAGACGACACAUCUAUAUCUUAGCCCCAUUAUACAUUAAAAACUGGGAGAUUUCUAUGGAGAAUGAGAAAUAAAAUUUAAAAGUACUACAGCAGUUAAGGACAGCUCACGAUAGGAGAAUAAAAAAAGGCUAAAGAAGAAUGCUCAAUGCUUAAUCAUUGUGGUGUACUUUUAAAAUAAAAUAUUAAGUAUA